ACAAAUAUUUUUCAACGUUCUACAUGUGUGCAUAGUUUCAAAAAAAUCGGCGUGCAACAUUUGGGCAGUGUUACUUGUAGGUACAACCCGGGCCCUUUUAACCGUUGUUACGUCGAUGGGUCCCCUAAAAACAUAGCGGCGAAUCGGAAACCAAUAAAUCAAAGGUGCCGACAGAGUGUCUAUUGUCCCCCAUACCCCCAUACUGUUUAUACUGUGGACAUGCUGAGCGCAGCGUGCAGCGUGCGCUCGCCGCUCACGGCUCAGUUCUCACUGUUCUCAGUAGUCAGUGCGCUGUCGUGCUAAUACGCCUGCACUCUUGCACACGCUUUGGUUAGCGGGGUAUCGCGUUUGUCACCUGUCGGUUUUUCAUUUCAGUGAUUGUAUGUACAUAAUAUAAGAGAGAAGACUGACAAUUAGUGACAAUGUCGGAAGCACCGGCAAUUGGCAUUGACCUGGGCACCACGUACUCGUGCGUGGGUGUCUUCCAGCACGGGAAGGUCGAGAUCAUCGCCAACGACUGGGGCAACCGGACCACGCCGAGCUAUGUGGCAUUCACCGACACCGAGAGGCUGAUCGGCGACGCGGCGAAGAAUCAGGUCGCCAUGAACCCCAGCAACACCAUCUUCGGUAAGUCGAGCUUUUGUUGUCACGUUUCGAGAUACCGGCGUUACCACUUGGCACUUUCGCGCCGCAAUCACGUUGGAAGGUCCCGCCUCGAUAAGACGCCGGAUCUUUUACGCCGUCUUUAUUGA